AUGGAGAUUACAGUGGCUGAGGACAACAUAGAAGAAAUUAGAGAAGGGGGGACCAGCCCCGCGAAGAUGAUGAGCGCGGCGGCAAGGUUCUUCUACGAGACCGUGGGCGCGCUCAAGGCGGGCUCGAACCAGGAGGGCGUGCACGCGGCCUUCGCCUUGUCGGACGCCAUCGGCUGCAAGCUCGGGGAGGAGUCCCGGCGGAUCUGGAGUCUCUCGGGCGACAAGAAGGGGAUCUGGAGCAAGACGAAGGAAGGCAAUGAAGGCUCUGUUGUUACAUCCAUGGCGACUGCCCAUGCUUCAGAGGUUGCAGGUCUGAAGCAGAAACUUGAUGCGGCGGAUGACGACAUCACGCUAAUUAACAGGCAGCUCGACGAGGCGCAAGAUAGUGCUGCCGCGGUUGGGACCCUUUGGGUUGAGCACGCCCGGGCCAAGGAGCAAGCCAGGAUGAGUAGUGCAGCUGCCGAGAAGGAAGCUGCUGAGUUAAAGGCCGAACAGGCUGCUCGGCGCCAGUCGCCGCCAGUGGCCGACCCCCUCGCCCUCUCUCCCGAUCUGCCCUGCCUCUCCACUCUGCCCUGGGCCCGCGCAGCCACCUCCCAUGGUGCCAUCAUCCGCGCCGUGGGACCUCCCCAUUGCCAGCUUCGCUGCCUCCCCGACCUGACCACCGCGCCGGUGAAGCCCCACAGAGCUCGUCGUCGACCUCGCCUUGCCUCCGCCACGUCUGCCUCCUCUACCUCCCGCUCGUCCGCAUCACCACCCGCAGGUUCCGGCCCUGCCUUGAGCGCCCCCGCGCCAGAAGCCGCCUCCCGUGCCUCUGCGUCGAGCCGCCAGGGCCGCGGGUCGCCAGAUGCCGUCCCUGCUGCCCCGUUCGCUGUCUCCGGCGCUGCGCUACACCUCCCCCACGCCUCGCUAGCUGCUGCUGCGCCGCCGUGUUCCUGCAUCAAGCAGGCAGAGGCUCGAUCCACCACCAAGCGCCGCCAUGCCUCCCCUGCAACUGCUCUCCGGCAGCCCGUACCGGACCACGACGCCCCGCUGUCAUCAUGCACCUGCGAUGGUUGUGGCUGUUUGACUCGAAGUUCGACUACAUUCUGCUGCCCCGACCAAGACUGCAGCUCCAAGAACCCUUCAUCAACGAGAGCCUCGCAAUACGUGGAAGUCCAUCAAGUUCAACUACACGACCGCAACCGGGACCUUUGUGCUGCUACGUUUUGGACAUGCCAAGCCCCUCGAAGUGUACGACUACACGACGCCCGCCAAGUUCGACUACCGCCGACACGUACCCCUCCGUCGUUGUGUGUUUUCUUCCACCAAGAACAAGAUGGCCCGAACAUCUACGAACCGUGUACGACUACCGUCGCGUGGAUCCAACAAGACUCGUGUACCACUACUUCCCCUACCGUCGCAAGAACGAGACCGACAUGUCCGAAAACACCGAGUACCACGACAACCCCGAAGGGAUUCGAAUUCGUCAAGUUCCUCUUCGAAACGUGAAACACUACUUCCCUCAACAAAUUUGAUCCAUUCCGAAAAUGCACGCAUCGAAGUUCCGGCUACGUUGCGAUUGUGAGGAUCCGUUCAACUAUGUGGGAUCGUCUUCUUCAUGGAUUCAAUCUUCUUCCUAGCGGGAUUUCAG